AAAAUGAUUACUUUCAGGCGAGUUACCUCAUCCCCACGUCGGCGACGCGCCAUACGCUACCGGCCAAGGCCCUCAUCUUCGGGGACAUUCGAUAAAAUUGGAAUGGUCGAAAGAAGAUUAGCAUGGCCCUUUCGGACACGCAGCUCAAGGAUACACGCACAGCUUUGAUUCAUUCUCCAGGCAGUGAGAAGAUGAUUUAUGUGCAUAAUAGUGUCAAGGGCAUUAGUUUGAAGUCAUCUCUUACUUGUUUCAAAUCAAUAUAUACACAGCACAGCCCUUCUCAGUAUGAAGAUUUAUGGUCAGAAUCAGAUUACAGAGUCCUGAUUCUGGUCGGCUUUAGUAAGAAGUCUAACGAAGUGAGGGAAUGUGGAAAGAGCAUGACAUCCAGCUUCUCACCGGCCAUUUGCAGCAAGCUUUUCGUAGGGUUUUGCCAAGUGAUAGCAGAAGCAAGAAGAGAGCUUGAAAGGUUAGAGAUGAGGGUAGAGUUCAAUAGAGUUGCUCCAUUUGACUCGCGGAAGAAUUGCUGCAUCCAGUAACUCGGCGUUCCAUAUGCUUGUGAAGAAGUGAAAACGAUCGCAUCUGGGCUCCACCUAAAAGAAAGACAAAUUUGGUAAGACCAUUUUAAAGUAGAUAAGGAUGCCAUUGUAAAGGCUAACAACUCACGUCCGGUCAUUUUCAUUCACAAACAAAGGUGCGUAACUUGCCAUUCCAACAGCAUCACUGCAUGGAAGUAAAAUGAACAAAAUAAGAAGAAGCAAUGUUAUAGACAGGGCCUUGCUUCAAAGAUAUUUGGUUUAACUACAUGUACAUUUGCUGAGGUUGGGUCAAAGACUCAAAGUACAAAGUGACCUCAAGGUUUUCAAAUCCUUCGACUGUCAUAACAUGAACCUUUUUCCACUUCAAUAUUAUCGUUUUACUACUCCUACAUCCCCCGAUGUUUAGUCAAACUACAAAGUACAAACUAACUCUCGAGGUUUUUUUAAUAUUACAGAAUAAGCCAUUUGACCAGUCAGAUGUUCCGUGAGCGGUCCUUUUAACACUGGAAGAUUACACAAUAUGGUGAAAUUAACAAAUAUGUGUCUUCAUAUUGAAAUUGGAGCAGUACUUCUCUUCAUCUAGUAAAGGUUUAAACUUUAAAGCUUUGUUGUAAGAAGUAUCUUUCGAAAAUAUUUUAAGGGUAAAUUAUUCCAUUAAACAAAGUUCUGCUUUCAUUACAUUCGAUAUAAACUAUCAGAGUUGUUUGUGGAAAUUGUUAAUUUUGAGAAAACUUGAGGAGUUGCAUUUUGUUAAUUUUGCACACUCUAAGUAGUAGAUGCUAUUAACCCAAACCUUAUUUAUACCUUAAAACCUUACUCGUUUUUAGUUUCAGUCACACCUAAAAGGGAAAAUAUGAAAAAAAAAAACAUAUACCUAUUUCUUUCAACUCCAAUAAGAAACCCGGCUUCAGCUAGUGCAGCUAAAAGGCUGCCAUUGCCACAAUCUUCCUUGGCAGUCACAGCAUACUCACUUACAAAAGCCUACAUGCAUAAACAUAAAAAUAUUGGAUUCUGACCGACCACUCAGAAUUUGAAGCAACCUCAGAAGUGAGAAAUCUAUAAACAUACCUUUGGACCACUCCGUGACACAUGAUCGAAUUUGUUGUCCAAAGAGAAGACCUGACUUGCAUUGCUAUAAAUCUAAUUACAUAAAUGCCACGUAAAUAAGUGUUACAUUUGAGGUAUUUCCAACUAUUUGUUAUAUGGUAGAAAGGAAAAGAGCAUCAGUGAGUAGCUUACAUGAUAAUCAUAUAAAUCAGCUGGAUGGUCCAAAGGUUGGGAAGAGGCAUCACAGUUCGAUAUUAUAUUAAUAUCUGGAUAGGCUUGUUUGAUUGCAGAGUAAAACUUGAGGUAGUUUGCUGAAUCAUGGAACAAUAGUGGUGUUUAAAUGUGAAAAAAUUGUGUUGCCAUCUGAUCUAGAAAAGACUAAGCUGGUUCCAACUCAUAUGAUCAGAUCCAACUCAUAUUAUCAAAAAACUAUCUUGAAACAAUGAAACUAUUUUAAUCAAUGUGUACUUCCUAUUUUGAAUGGUUUGGCUAAUUUACCCAUAGCUGAUGUUGUCUCUAGCACAAUUUGGGCUGAGAAAUGUGUGUUUAAAUGUUGUGUCUCAUAUAAGAUGUUCAAGUGUCUCACAUCAAUGUUUAAACAUCAGCUGUUUAUGAGGUAAACAUUGCUUUUAAAGGGUUAGUUAGGCCCAAAUUUAAUAUGGCAUCAAAGGCCUCAUAUGGUUGUGUGUUGUUGUAUUUGACUACAUACCCAUAAUUAGAUAAUUAGAUUAGUCCAUUUAAAGUCGAUUUGACCUAUCUAUCCACCUGAAAUUGUCUAGUCAAGUACGGAUUGUACCAAGAGGCGUGUUAACUGUUACAAAAAUGUUGUUUGUACACGUCGGGUAAUCGUCUAUAACUCUGUAUACAAACAAUUUUUUUCUUUUUGUGAAGAGAAUGGUGUGGCACACGGACAAUAUUUUUUGUUUGUGAUAGAGACAAAAAAUAUUGUCGGUGUUCCACACAAGUCUCUUCACAAAAAGAAAAGUAAUUGUUUGUAUACAAACAAUUACCCGGCGUGUAAAAUGGUGUGUACACAUUGCUGUUUACACGAAGCAUAGUUGUAACAAAGUAUCACACGUGAUAUGCUUGUGAGAUUUUUGACUAGUAUAGAAGUUAUGAGGUAAAUCUUAGGAUGUUUUUUUUUUGGACUGUUUUCAGUCCCACACCAGAUCAGGCCAAACCAGACUAGACAAGAAUUCCAUAGUUAUAAAAUACACAGAGACCAGACGUUUACCAGAUCCAGUCCAGACCAGAUCAACAAAUUUCAGUCCAAAAGAAAACAUCCUUAUAUGUUGAGAACUUUUUUGGGUGAGUUAGGCUGAUAUUAGAUAAUUUACAAAAAGUGUGCAUACCACGGUAAUUCGACUUCCCGCAGUCUUCAUUUCCUAUUGCAACAUAUCUCAAAUCAAAGGGCUUCGGGUGACCCAAUGCAGCUCUAACGGAACCCCAUCUUGAGGUGGGAUCGCCUCUGGCAAACUCAAUACCAUCUAAUAUAUCCUGUUAAAAAUUAAAUAGCAUUUGGUAUCAACAGAGGUGAGAUAAUUAAGUUGGCAAAAUACCACCUGAAUCGUAUAUUAACCUUUAAUUAACCUACUUGCACAAAUGGUAGGAUGUUUGACGUGUUAACCUCUUCAUUAUGGCUGAAUCCUGAAAAUGAGAUUGGGAAAAGAGGGUGAAUUCUUAUAUCAUCAUUCAUCUUUCUACUAGAGUCAAAUCAUGUUAUAGAUAGUGCUAGAACAUGAUUUGGGCCGGUCAUGCCAGAUUGCUACACAGGCAGUAUGGGUAACCAUCACGGACCUCCAAAAACUAGGGGGCAACACUUCUGAGUCCAUUAGCUGUAUCUAGUUCAAACUACAACAGUAGGUCAAUUGAAGUGUGGAGACCCAACGUGGUUUUUGAGGCCCACAACAUGUAUGUGUUUGUCCAAAUAAAAAAUAAAUUUUACCUUGUUUAGGUAAAAAGAAAAAAUUGUCCAGGGCCUUAAAAUAUGAAGAAACUGGUAAUCCACCCACGUUGAGGUGGUAAGCAAUGGCCAUACCAUUGUUGAAGACCCAUACUGGCAGUGCACCCAAGUCUUCUGCAAGCUGGUGGACACAAAAUGAACAUUGUUACUUGUAGAAAUUCAAAUUUCAAGAAGUAUAAAAAAAACAUUUUUCUGAUGUGUUUGAUUAUGUUCUUGCUAUAUUGAUAUUGAUUACCUGAAGAAAUUCAUGGUAGCCAAAACCAUCAUCGGUCCAGUAACGCCAAAUAUCAACAAAAUGCCCCGGCCUCUCUUCCCAUGGUCCGAUUGUUUCUUUCCACCUGAAUGCAUUCCUUAACCACUCACCUUCAACAACACAUCCACCUACAAACCACAAAUGUACUUUAAUCAAUUUGAUAAACUCAAACCAUGUUUGAGCCACUGAGGCAUACAUGAAAGAUGAGAAAAUGCACACAACUGUCAUAUAGGUACAGUUAGUUGGUGCAAGCAGAUUAACAUAGAUAACAGACUAAGUAAAUAUGAAAAAAUGUAAAUACAAUUUAAUAUCUAGUAAUUCUAGUUAUAAAUGGACCUUUCCUUUUUGUCUUUCUAGUCCUUAAUUUCACUUUAUCUUGUUCAAGCCAAUACUAUUACUGUUUUGAUUGGUCAUUCCUAUUGCUAUUUGUUCUCACCUUUAUCUUUCUUGAAAGAGCAUAUGUGCUGUUAUGACCUCCUACUCUAUCUACAUAUAAAGAGAUACAAACUCACAUAUAAGACUUUGGGUUACUCUAACUAUAUAAGGCUUUGGGCUAGUUUAGUGAUUUGACUAACCCUUUAAUAAUAGAACCCUUAAGUCUAAAUUUGUAGAGCUUCAAUGUAAAACAAUCUAAAAUAAGAUAUACCUGGAAAUCUGAGGAAUGCCGGUUUCAACUCUUUAAUCAUUCCAAACAGAUCAUUUCGGAAACCAUGUCCCUAAUUGCAUAGAGAAAUAGUGAAAGAUAAAAUGUGGAUUAACCAUAUGGCAUAACUAGAAAAUCAAACUUUGUUUAUCCUCAUUCAAUUAAUGAAUAUUAAACUCUCAUUCAACAAAUUGGGAGGCAUGUAAACCUUGUAUGUAUCGAGAGGCAUCAAUGAUACUUGAUCAAACCAUAUAACGCCAUUCUUUGUUGUAGUCAGUUCUAGUCUGGAAUUGUGAUCCGUUCCCUUUGCUUCCAGAACCACCUUCAUCUUUGUCCAAUUUGAAACAUCACCAGAACUGCAUUUUAGAAAUAAGUUAAACACCUUGUACGUUCCGAGAGGCAGCAUUGAUACUUGAUCAAAAACCAUAUUAAAUCUUGCUUACAUUAUCUCGGCACUAGCCAACUUCCUCAGUCCAUCUGAUGUAGUCAGUGAUGCUGAGACAUUAAGGCUUUCAAGUGAAUGGACAUGAAACACAAGUUUAUAACUCUUCCCUUCCUCUAUGUUCUACAAAAGGUAAUCAACAAGAGAAAUAUGAGUACACGUGGUCGUGGAUAGUAGUCCCCCAUUGGAUAUUAAGGACUCUUUUGUUACGCUGGCUAAUCUAUUGGAUUCAAUCUUGUAGUGUGCCUACUUGAAUUAUGACCUAGUUAUGUGACCACAAGCUAGGUAUCUCACCAUGCCCCAGAAUCCAGGAUUGUAAACACCAACUCCCCCAUACGGACAGGUUUUAGCACCCUUAUCGCUGCAAUGAAUAUCUAGCCGAAGUGCAAUUUUAUUCCGUUCGAAGUAAGAAGACUGGUCCGUGAAGACCGUCAAAGAGGACUCAUCCCCAAUGAUCGACCAAGGAUCAAUGUUGGAGGGUGUAUUCGGACCCCCUGCUUCAAAACCUGAAAUCAAGUUUCCCAAAACAAUUGAAAUUAAUUUAAUAUUAUCAAAACAAUCUUACAAGCAUAGACCCUUGGAUUAGAAGUACAAUUGAGAAUUACUUAAACAUAGCUGCACAUUAGUAUCCUAUUGUCCACUUUGGGCUAAGCUCUCAAGGAUUUGUUUUUGGACAUCUUUCAUAAGGCCUCAUUUUUAGUGGAUUUAGGUGGAAACUUAUAUUCAAAGUGAUUCUCCUGUAUUUAUCAAGUGCUGGACCUGGGUUGUACCAUAUUGUAAUCAAGAUAAAGAAAAUCAUUAUAAGCAAUGAUUUUAAGUCAGCACCUGCAUGGUUAAUUUCCUGAAAUCAAACAUUUUCUUAGAAUUAGGGCAUGUUAAGAGUCUGACAUCUAAAUACUAAAGAUGACAUUGAUAUAUUGAGUCAGACUAGGAAAUUGAUAUGAUUCAAUCUUUUAAUAUGGUUUGCCCAAAUGUGUAUCUUAUGACCAAAUUGCGCUACUCUACUCAAUCAAUUAUGAAUUCUAGAACUGAUGAAUUAGACCAGGGACUCCAGACAAGUCCGAAGGAACAAAAGUCGCAGGUGCUAAAAAUGUAAGCAAAUGUUAUACAACCAUAUAUUAUUCACCAUACACCAAUGAAAAUGCAUAUAUGAACUAAUAAGAUUACACCUGAAUCAUAUUAAUUAAGUAGUAGUAGUAAUAUGAAUCGAUCCGAACGGCUUACCUCAAAGAAUAAACCGAACAAAGUGUUUGGUAUUUUCUUUGCUGAUGCUUCUGAGGCAUCCACAUGGAAAAAUGCUAGCUGUGUAUCGACUGUGGUUCCAUAACAUUGGUUUAAGGUAAGAAUCCUCAAAAGAAAGAAACUAAGGAUGCCCAAAAGGGAUGGAGCUGAAUCCAUUGCUUUCCCACCAGCCCUAUCCUAUUUAACUGCUACAAAAGUGCUAAGGCAGUUACUUUGUAAGUGAAACUAUCCUAUAGAGUUUACUUAAAACAUACACAUGCAGAAAAACACACUUCUCCAUUUUAAGGCUUGGGUUUGGUUUGUAUUUGUAUAUCUAUUUAAUUUAAUAUGGGAUGACCCAAUUCAACAUGACCUGCAAGAUUUUAAGUGUGCUAGUUUUUUAGGAUUACAAGGAUUAUAUCAAACAUUUAAGCUUAAUAGAUUGUGACACCGAUCAAAAUGUCAACUUGAUGAGAAGAGUACUACUACAUACGUUUAUGAUUUAUGCUAUGUAUUUGAUUAAUGUGUACUAACUACUAAUCCAAAGUCUUAUCCUGUUUUUGUUUUUUUGUUUUUAGAUGUUCAAUUUGACCCAGAAACAUGCUAAGCUUUGAGAAGCUAAGAAUGUUAAGAAUCUAAGGUCAAUGGAACAAAGUCACAAAGAACAUAUUGAAAUAGGAAAAUAUUGAAUGAAUACCAAACAAUUAGUAAAACAGGUCAUCUAAAAUUUCGUAUGAGAUAGGCAAAAACCCAAUAAUAUUUGCAAUUAGCUGUUAUAAUUACCUGGAGGCGACCUACAAAGAUGGAAAGAUGUAAGAAAGAAGUGCACUUAACGGCUUAGUGCAUGAUGAGCUCACAGUGGAGCUAGUGAAGUUUGUAUACUUGCAUAUUUAUAGACACACACACAUUACAAAUGGAAAAAGACCAAGAAAGAUUGUUGCUUGAAGGAGGUCAAAGGCUAAUAUUAGAAAUUCUUUGAUCUUAUCUUUGCUUUCACCAAAGAUUUUCUUCUUUUGUUAAUGCACGGGGUGAGUUUAGUUUUUUUUUGUUCGGUUUUGAUCAAAAACCAAAUAUCGAAUCAAAGUAAAAAGUUCUGUUCAAUUUCGGUUUCUGUUUUACAUUUCAAAAUUUGAAACCACAAUUUGACUGGUUCAAUUUGUUUGAGUUUAGUUUCGGUCUUUUACUAAAAAAUUGUCAUUUGAUUUAAAAUGUUGCAGGGUUCAAACAUAUUUCAGCCCAAUAUAAAAUGAUACGGUAGAAAUCUAACUAAGUUAGGUAAAUGCAUUUUCUUACAAAAUACUACCUUCGUCCCAUUUAUAUUGGAAUGGAAGAGGGUGACACAAUU